AUGAACUAUGGAAAAUCAUUAGCAGAAAAUUCCACUUUAGAAUAUUUAAAUAUAUCAUGGAAUCGUUUACGACAUAAAGGUAUUGGAUUAUUUAUGAAAUUUUUACAAACAAAUAUUCGAUUACGAACACUCAAUUUAUCAUGGAACGGUUUUGGUUUGUAUGCUGCUAAAGUAUUUGGUGAUUGUAUGAAAAUUAAUUCAACAUUGGAAGAAAUUAAUUAUGCAAAUAAUCAAAUAACUACUGAAGCAGCGACACAUAUUGUCCGUGGACUAAGUAAAAAUG